GGCGGGAUGCAUGACCCGACGCAGGGGCAGCACGAGCGAGAGUCUAUAAGGGUCGAGGCGUGAGUGAACGAGCGCUGCAGGAAAAAGGCAGGGGUGGUCUGGAAGCGGCGGGCUCUUUAUAUGAUGAUCCAUGUCCCGAUCUCGUCUCGCUUGGAACCGAACCGUGCCACGCUCAGGACUACCCCGCACUGCCGGCACCGCUGUUUCAAUGGCCCCUGCAACGCGGAGCCUGCGCGAAGAUCUCCCGUUUUUUUUGCGGCAAGCAGUGCCUGCGCUAGCGGUAGUCUCUAGACGGGCGUUCGGAUGUUAGAGGCACAUGGGCAAUGGGAAGCGCCGUAACCUUGCCUCCCGGGACUGAGAACACGACGUUGAUUCCGUCAGGCUCGCUCCACCUCCGACAUUCGGAAGCCACAUCGCUGCCAAUGUGGGCGUGUGUGAGUAGGCUCGCGUAAGAAGCGUCGAUUGUGAUGGAUUUGGAAAAUGUAUACCCGCUUUCAGCUUUGCUCCCGGUACCGCCCGUCGUCCCAUCGCCCGCCGUGCCAGUGCCGUACCCUCUUCAGCCUAGCACCUUCCCGUGACAUACUCAUCAUUUUGGACCGCAGCCCACACCAUUUCGACCAUACUACCCUCGAAUUCAUGGCGCACACACAACACGAGCACCUCGCACGUGACAGGCCCUGCUGGGAUAGGGAUCCAAUAUGCCCAAUUGUGCUUGCCGAGGGCCAAUUGUUCUGAUAAAUCAUCGGUCGCGCAACACUCUGACGAUGCGUCUUCGUUGCAAUCAUAUGAUCAUCAGGUCCUGAUCAGGAUCAAGCGCGGCGACCUUCGGUACAUAUACUGCAACGUCCUAAUGUGAAUACCCGCGAGAAUCGCGUGCCCAGAUCAACACUACUUGGGCUGAACCCCAGUCGAUUC